CACGUGAAGCUUUGACUUCACUUCUAAGAACCGGAGGUUGCCGCCUGCUUUUAACUCAUGAAGGUCUGAGGACUGAAACGUCAACGUCAGUACGAGUCAACCGUGUGGAGGAAUCUUUGGUUCUUUAAUAACUAUUAUCACUGUUUAUUUAAAGUGUUUUUUGUCUAUUACAUGUUGGUUCAUUAUUCAACGCUGCAAUAGACGGAUCACUGUUAUAUUUCUACGGUUUCAUGAUGAGAAGUAAUUAUACUAGAUUAUUGCACAAAUAGUAGUGUUUCAGGAAAGUUGUAUUAUCAUGAUAAUACGAUUUUUAGCAUGACAAUUUUGAUGUGUGUGUAGAAUGUGAUGUUCCUGGGAGAUUUCCACGCCAGCUGUGCCUAUGUGACCCGAGUCAACAAGAAAAACAUCAGACUGUUCAACAGCUCCGGGUUUUACUGGCUGAUCAAAGACAAAGUGGACACCACCGUCUCCAGUGACACCAACUGUGCUUUUGACAGGAUUGUGGUUCAUGGGAUACCAUUCCUGAGGUCCAUCCGUCCGUUCUCUGCCAACGUCUUCGACUAUGUCAAAGCCUUCAAACUACCCAGGAGCGAGGCUCAGGAGGUGAGCAACAACUUACCUGUGGAGGUGAGGCUAAAGAGCUCCGCCCUUCUCCUUCAGGCCACGCCCCUCCUGUUCCUCAUCAGAGCCUCAGUGAUCGCCCAGUCCUUCCUGUCCGCUCUGUGAUCGAAUGCUUCUGUCUCUGAAGGCCUUUUUUACAUUUUCACCUCUGAGGGACCUGGUUUCUGUCAACAUGGUUCAGAGUAACGCAGACUUUCUAACAUUCACUUCACCUGGAUUAUUGUGUCAUGUGACCAAAGCAAGCCAACAGAUGAAAUGAGAUAUAGCUGGCUGUUUUUCACUCCUUCGUGUUCUCUUUAUUAUAACGGGGAGCUCGUGUUUAUUGUCUAAUCCUAAUUCCUGUACAUUGUUGUCUCAGAGAUCAAACCAUAAUGUGGUGAUAACAAACACUGAUCACGUCCUGUGUAGCUCUGCUCUGUUUGGUUCAGAGACGCUGGGAGGAAGGAAGGAAUAUCUGAUCACCAAGAAAACAUGUUUGACAUCUUCAGACGAUGCCGUCGUGAACAAAUGAUUCUUGCAUUAUUAUGAAUUAUAGCGGUGAAGACGAUGUAUAAACUGUUUAAACUCGUCUAAUAACUGCACUGAUAACAAGCAUCAGAUUUACACUCAAACAUUCACAGUAAAACGUCCUUCUGGUGCCGUUUAGAAGACGCCAAAUACUAAUCAUAGUUUUCAUAUUAAAGGUAAUAAUGAGCGUGAUGAUGAAGAUGGUGAUCGUCUACAUUUGUUGGUGUUUAAUUAUUCAGCAAGAAGAAGUGAGCAGUAACUCUGCUCCACAUGGUUUCUGGCUCUCAGAUUAUUUAUCAGGUUUUUAUCUGUUCUGCUCGUGUUCACUGUGAGUGAACACGAGCAGAACAGACAGAAAGCAGUCCUGGUUUAAAGGACUCCUUCUGUUUUACACUUUCUUAAUGAAUGUAAAUAUUGUACAAUGAAUUUUAAUAACACCUUAUGACUGUUUGGAUUUUCUAGCAGGUGAAUCAGUGAACUGUUAUUUUAGACGUCAUAGUUUUCUCUGUUCCACUUUUACAGACACUGAUGUAAAUAUUGUCAGGAUGCUGUAAGAAGUCUAUUGUUUGUGUUCUUAAUGCUCAGUAAAGGUUUUUUUUUUUUUUUUUUUUUUUUUUUUUUUUUUUAUGAUGAAAGAAACGCUGAAGAUGUUGUCAUUGUAUGAAGCCUGUUGACUUUUAACUCUUAAAAACAUCACAGAAAAUGUUAUUUUGAAAGAAAUUAUAUCAUUAUUAAUGGUCAGUGAUUUUUCAACAUCAUGUUUAAACAAUCAAACAAACAUCAAAGGUCAGUCAGUUAUUCGUACAUUUAUGAUAUUAAAGCCUGAGAGGCAAAUAAUCGUUCCAGAAGUUUUUUUUUCUUUUUAACAAAAAAAAAACAUAGUUGCUGACAGGAAGUCUCUGACUGUGCUGAAGCACCAAACAGCAGUGGAGUACACUGCCUUCUUGGAGUCUCUGGGUGGCGGAUACCAUCCAGGGACUCUAUAGU